GACGACUACGACGAAGAGUGCACGAGUGCAUGCAUGGGCGUCAUCAACAGCGCGUAUGAGUAAAUUGGCUAGCUAGCAGGCAGCUAACGGCUCGAAUGGUAGCAUCGUCCGCAAUUCUAACGCGCAGUCUGUGGCCUUUGGUCCACAGUCCUAUGUCCGCGUAAGGCGUGCGCGGAUGCGUUACACGCCUGGCAUAUUUUUCUUUAGAAAUUCUGUGUUUAGCUGCAUGUGUGUGCAUUUCGUCUGUUUCAAACUGACAUUUUCGAGAACUUAAGAACACUGCCGAACACAAUUUUCUCGACACGUGCAAACACAAACCACGCCCCUUAAUAAACUCCACCCACAAUGCAUUUAAUGCCGUUCAUAAUGUUUUUGCACUGAAAAUCUGUGCCUCUCUGCGUCGCACUGACGCACUGCUCACCGUGUCCAUAACCGUAUUAGCUGCCGGAAGUGACAACCGUUAAACAACAAACACAACAACAAGUAGAAUUGUCACAAGUAGCAUAGACAACAUGCAAAAUGCCCGCGGCAAUAAUCGGACUUUAAAACAACAACAACAAUCAAGUGCAAAAUUGUCAAUUAGAGUGUAACAGCAGCAACAACAACAUAACAACUGCAACAAAAACAAAAAAGUGCAGCAAUAAAAAGACGCUAGCACAAGCAACGAAAACAUUAAAAGUGUUGCAGCAACAACUGAACAACAACAGCAACCAUAAUAAGCGAAUCGGUAAUAGAAAUUAACUGUAACGCGCAGCAACUUGCCGCAACACACAGUUAACAACAUCCGUCGGUGCGAUACGCCGCACAACGACUUGAGGAGGAAGUGCACCGGCGCGCGCCUGCUCGCUCACACGCUCCACAACGCCAGCGACAGCGCAAUAAAGGAUGCCAACAAGUAGCCACAACAAGCACUACAACAACAACAGGAGUAACAACAACAACAACAUGCAACAGUGAUUUGAAAGCGACAGUCACUUAAAAUAACGGUUGCACACACAAGCUGCCCACAAGUGCGCAAACACAAACGUGGUAGUGGCGGCAGAAGACGAAGACGAAGAAGAAGAAGCGGUGAAAUAAAUUAGAAAAAACGGUGCCGAUCAUUUGAAUUGUGAUUUGUGAUUUCUUCCUGCCUCACUAACUGGUUGUCGGCCUCACACGCCGCCGCACGCCACCCAACUACCUACUCGCCGCUACACGCUGUCCGUGUCUGGCUGUGGAAGCUGGCUCCGGCGUUUAUCUACCUAGCGGCCGGGCAGCGGAUAUCCGUUCCGUUUGCAAUUAUAUUGGGUGUCCGUUGUGCAAUUAAUUGCGAGCAGUCUCGUUUCAGUUGCGGGAAACUUAUGCGACGUGGCGUCCCUACGUCCAAGCCAGCAAGCAAGCAAACAAACACUCAUAAACACACACACGCUCGCUCGCUUCGCGCAGUCGCGCAGUUUCGUUGCGCAUUGGCAAUUUAUCCGGAAAACCUAUGCACAGCAGCCAGACAGUGCAUCGCGCUGCAUUUCCGAUAAGUGCUGACCAGCAAGGUUGCAGCGGCGUCGGCGUCAACAUCGACGCCAGCGCCUGCUUCGAAGUUGAGAUUGGCUGGUGUAGCCAAUUGUUCGUGCUAUUCAACGUCAUAACUAUAGCAAAGCAACAAAAACAAUAUAAUCGCAAGCUAACAAACAGUAGCAACAACAACAACAUCAGCUAUAAAGCAUAAAUGCAACAUUGAUAUUUCCAAGCACCCAGAAUACGAACACCUAUGCGUUUCACAACAAGGCGACGCUCAGCAGUCACUGUGAUGAGUUUAAGUAACGCCCACAAGCAUUUGAGUUUCAUCUAUAAGCCAGCAACAAAUUCAAUACAAAACGAAACACCCUAGUGAUGAGAGAGAAGGAUCACUCACCAAGAAAAAUGCUACCCAGCCCUAAGCAAGGGUCCGUUUAUCCAUUAUUAGGCCUUGUGCCCACCACUACAUACGCAUCACAAGUACCUUAUGACCUAUCGGUGACGGCGACGCGCACCUCAACGGCUGCUUUGGGUACGUCGCCACUCUCGCUCACCAUAUCUGCCUUAAGUCAAAGCCACAAUGAAGCAAAAAACCGUAAGCGUUGCAGCAAUUACGAUCAGCCGCUCGAUCUGCGACUGGCGCAUAAAAAGCACGACGGCUCCAAUGCAAGCGGUGCUUCCUCACCGCUGGAGGAUGAGAAUAGUAAUCUCAUAUACAAUAUCACGAACUACAACAACUCCAACUGUCACACCAAACCCACAAACGCUGCGUCGCCCAGCAAUCAUAAUGCGCAGCAUGCGAAAACGCCGUCGCAAACUGCGCAGAUAUUAAACUGUCGCUCACAACGCGAAGUCUCACCGACGGAUGUCGGUUGUGAGAAGGAGCUCAAUAACAACACGCUGCCAUCGCUAUGUGCUGACGCAAUUGCCGCCAAUCUGGAAAGUCUGAGCGGCAAGCAUAACAAACGCUUACGCACACAAAAGUCCGAAUUGGGUGUGGCAUGCUUGCGCAUCACAGAGUCAUUGCAUUUGAAUGCCGCCGCGGCAGCAGCGGCUGCCGAUCGACUGCCAUUCGUCUCGUCCGCUUUGCAUCCCACAUUGCUAGAGGCGAUGGCGAAGGCCAUACCACUGCCCUACCGUAACCCGUUUGUGCUACCGCGUCCACCUACAGCCAGUUCCUUUUCUUUUCUGCAACCACCGCUGCAGAAGGAAAUGCUGCCCGGUUCGAUGCAGCUGUCGCAGUCACCCUCUAACGAGACGCCGCUCGAAUUCCAUUUCGACAGUAGCGGCGGCCGCGGCAAUUUUUCCGAUGCGCUAACUCAUCCGCAAGUCAGCGGCAACAUGAGUGCCAACCCAAAUAAGGCGGCACUUAAUGCGGGUAAUGCCAACAGCGGGUGCGCGGCUGGUGGUGCAUCGAAACACUUGCAACAGCAAAUCAGCCACAAUCAGCAGCAAUUAAACCAUCAUGCGCGUCAGCAGCAACUUGCAAACACCGCUGGCAAUCGCGCAACGCUAACUGCGGACGGCGUGGCUAUGCAUCACAACAGCAAGAAAUCAGUGGCCGCGUCACGUGCCACUCUGCAUCCGAAUGCAGCCGGCAACUCGGCAACAGCGCAGUAUAAAAGCAAAGAUCGAUACACAUGCAAGUUUUGCGGCAAAGUCUUUCCGCGUUCCGCCAAUCUAACUCGCCACCUACGCACACACACCGGCGAACAGCCGUACAAAUGCAAAUACUGUGAACGUUCCUUCAGCAUAUCCUCGAACUUGCAACGUCAUGUGCGCAACAUACACAACAAAGAGCGUCCAUUCAAAUGCGAAAUCUGUGAACGUUGCUUUGGCCAGCAAACGAAUCUAGAUCGUCAUUUGAAGAAGCACGAAAGUGAUGCGGUCUCGCUAGGUCUGGGCAUGAACGAGCGCAUACGCAGUCUGCGUCGCGGUGGCUACUGCGACAAUCCUACUGAAGAAUCCUACUUCGAAGAGAUACGUUCCUUUAUGGGCAAGGUGACACAGUUACCACUCGGCGCUACUGCUGCAGCGGCCGGCUCGACAAUAAACCAAUCCACGACGGCCGGUAAUCAGGCGUUAGCACCGAAAUCACCAUCGACACGCAGUUCCACCUCCAGCAGCUCGGAGCGCGAUUCAUCCACCAGUGGUGGCGGUUUGCAAAUAGUGCAAAACGAUUUGUUUCUAGAACCAGAAGCGGAAGCGGAGGCCGACACCGAAAUCGAAACGGAAGCCGGUGAGGAGUAUGUGGGUAGAGCAACUGCUAAUGACAUGCAUGUGACAACCGAGCCAGUAAAUGUCUGUAAAGAUGAUGACGAGACGACAACAACUACAAAGUCAAUAACUACUGCAACAACACCAACAGCAGCAGCUGCGACAAAAAGAGAUGCCAACCGCACUGCGCGACAGUCGGGCGACAAAAGUUUAUACUUUGCGCAAACGGAAGUGUGUUUCAAACGUGACAGCAGCAGUAAUAGUGGCAGCCCACUAUGCGCCACCUGACCUGGCUGCCGGCCACAAUUGGUACGCCCACAAUGCCUGCGUCUUUAGUUUGUAGUAUGGAUUUUAUUGUAUGUAAUUAAAUGUAAUAAUAAUAUAUUCGUGAAUUACGAAGCACGCGUAGCGGCAUAUUUCUAUGUACAGUUAGAUUUAGACACAAAUAUUCUCGAGUUGUAUGCUAUGAGUGCUAUGAGUUGUAAGCCUACGAAUUUUUCACUCUGAGAUUUAUUUGAUUGGCCAGUAUCGAGAGUAAAAGUUCACACGAGGAUCAAAGAGAACAAUAACUACAAUAAGUACGGUAACCUCAAAAGUUUUUCCAACCAGAAAUGGAAUCCCUGUUUUCAAAUGUGUCCUUUAGCAACUUUCGGAGAACUACAGAUUUCAGUAAUGUCAUUUAAUGGACGUUUAAAAAACGUUCCGUAAAUCGUUUCAUACAAAAAUAAGCGCGGAAAUUGCAUAUCUUUAGGCGUGCACGCUUCCUUUCUACUUUUAAACGAUAAAGCAAUUCCAAUGUGUAAACUACAAAAUUUUGACUUUAAUCCUACUUUUAUGUAUAUUUUUUAAUAGCAACUUCCUUGUACGUACAAUAUAUUUACAAUUUAGCGCUUGUGUAACAUAUGUGUUUCUAUAAGAAAAUCCUUUUGUACUUAGUCCUACUUUUACAUGCACAUAAAUGUAUAUAUGUAUGUAGUUAUAUGAACUUUUUAGGUUAUAUAGAAUUACUAGUUUCGUUUUGUAGCAUAUUAACGAGUGCCUUUUGUGUAUUUAGCUCGUGUAAACACUCAAUCAACAACCUAUUUCUUAAUCGUUAAAUUAUUUAAGUUACUGAAAUUUUUGUUAAAAAUAGUUUAUAUAUUAUUUGUUUAUCUUAAGUACCUUUAUUAGUUUGUUAAAGAGAAAAUUAUCAAAUUGCCAAUGAAUAAAGCAA